GCCAUGUAAAAAUAUUGUGUCAUGCAUAUAUUGCAGGAUUUCAUGCAAAUAUAUGAAUCAGAAAUGGAGUGACUGUGCUCUUUUUCUCAAACUUGAUCUAUGUUUCUGAAGUUGAGAAACUGAUACUCUUUUAGGUCCAGUACUCAUACUGCUUAGGCUUGUUUCAUACCCUGAAAACAUGGAGUUUCCUGACUUGGGCAAACAUUGUUCUGUAACAACUUGUAAUAUGUUAGAUUUUUUGCCCAUGAAAUGUGAUGCCUGUUCUGAAAUCUUUUGCAAAGAUCACUUCAACUACCUAAAUCAUUCUUGCAAAAAUGCGUAUAAAAAAGAUGUACAGGUGCCUGUUUGUCCUCUCUGCAACAACCCUGUUCCAUCCAAAAGAGGGGAACAGCCUGACAUUGCUGUAGGUCAACAUAUUGAUCGAGACUGUCAAGCUGAUCCAGCGAUCGCCCAAAGGAAGAUCUACACAAAUAAAUGUUUUGUAAAAGGUUGCAGGCAGAAAGAGGUUAUAAAAAUUACUUGUGAUAGCUGUAAGAAAACCUAUUGCCUAACUCAUCGUCAUCCUUCUGAUCACAAGUGCCAAGAACAAAAACCUAUGCCAGCUGCCCAAGCUGCAGGUGCUGCAGCUAUUGCCAGAGCUCAAAAAUUCAAAUUCCCGUGGACUACUAACCAAAACAGUGCCUCUGUUGUGGAAAGAAAGCAAGUGAUUUCUCCUAUGCCUGAAGUGUGUGUUAACUCAGUUCAAGGAAAGUUGUCUGAAGAUGAAGCUUUAGCUCUUGCUCUUCACAAAUCCUUGAAUGAAACAAAACCAAAAAAUGUUCAAGAGGAAGAAGACAGGCUUUUGGCUCAAGCUUUGGCAAACUGUGAAAGUGAUAGAAGAACUAAUCAGGCCCAGAGCAGCAAUAGGGACAGAAAUUGUUCUUUGUCUUAGCUAGAGCCUUAAGAGAGCUGUUUUAUGAAGAAAAUUUUCUCUGUUUUAAUUGCUUGUGCACCAUCUUUUCAUUAUUCAAUUUCAUAUUAUAUAUUUGCAAAUUUGUACAAAUGCUUUUCUUAUAUGUAUAUUUAUUUGUAUAUGGCAAU